AUGCAUGCGCCCCGGCACUACCUCCGAAUCGCGUACUCGACAUUGCCUGCAGCAGCGGGAGACGGAGGAGGAGGAGGAGCAGGGGACGGCGCACACAUUCGACCGAAGUGGGGCCUAAGUGACACUCACUACCGCGCUGCGCUUCCUGCUGAGUUCUGCGCCAAGAACCCCCCCCCCAUGUACAUCACCCUCUACUACAUAGUCACCCGGCUCCCUGACUCUCUUCGCUUAGUCAGGGACCACUUCCUCUCUGUUUGCCCCACCACUCUCACCGUUGACCUCCUCGAGAAGGCCCUCGUAGCGAUAGAGAAGAGCAUAGUCGCUGUAGGAGCCUCUCGUGGUGACCCUCGCACUCCCGUCUUUGAGGGGUGUUCUCCCUCCCCCCUCUUGCCUUCUAUUGCCUCUGCUACUGCGGCCGACCUCGUUGGUUUCGAGUCGGUCGGCGCUGCGUCUGCCCCGAGCGGGAGACGCCGCACCGGCAAGGGCAAGGGGGGCAAGGGCACUGGAGGGGCUGGAGGGGGUGGUGGAGGUGGUGGUGGAGGCGGUGGAGGGAGUGGGGGUGGUGGUGGGAGUGGUGCCGGGGGUGGCGGGGGCGGCAGUAGCAGUGGAGGCGGCGGAGGCGGUGGAGGUGGCGGGGGGAGCGGAGGCGGCGGAGGUGGUGGAGGAGGCGGAGGUGGAGGAGGCGGCGGAGGCGGCGGAGGCGGCAGCGGCGGAGGCGGCGAUAGUGGAGCGAGUCGCGACUCUGCGCAGAGGAGUGGCGCCAGUGGUGGUCAGCGCAAGCAGCAGCAGCGGAGUGGUCUGACCCUGUCCCCUCAGCAGCUUCGUGAGUGGUAA